GCGGAUUUUGGUUGAUGUUUUCUUUUGCUGGAUAACGAUGGCUUUCCCAGAGUUUCAAGCGGAAUACAUAUAGUGUUAUAAUAAACUAUCUGUUCGAGAUAGCGACCGCUCACUGUCUCGAUGGCCUUUCUCGGUCCUCCCGUCCCAUCUGCUCUUGCUUCAUUUCUCUACUCGUCGCUUCCCUGUGGCUUUGCUGUAGGCCCCUCACGUCUCCACGAGGGCAGGCUGGGGCUUUGGUGGGUCGGACGCUCACUGGAGGCUGGAUCCCUGCUGGGGAGAGACGGGGACAUUGAGUGGGCCUCAGAGUAUCACGCUGAGCCGGAAAUUCACAGUGAAGACGGCAAACUCGCCACAAACUUUGAGACCGAAAGAGAUCAGGCCACGAGAACAGAGGAAGAACAGGCUUCAGUGGUGAAAGCAGCAACUCGAGAUGCUUCCAUACAAAGAGCCGUCUGGGUCAACUUUGCCUGCCAGGCACCAAGCAGAGCCCAGCAGAACGUGUCGGUGCAGUGUGUGUGGGGGGAUGUGUGCGAGGGCGAGUGUGUGGAUGUCCGUCUGCGUCUGUGUCGGGACAUCCAGCCGGGAACAGAGCUGCUGCUGUACGCUGACAGCGUGGGAAAAGUGUGUUCACAUGUUCGUGGUGACUCCGCUGGACAUACAGGAGAGAAGGUGGAGCAGAGAGACCACUCAGAAGCCACAGCUGCCAGUGUGUCAAUCAAUAAAGAAGUGACAGCUAACAAACAGGAAGAGAAAAUGCAGGAUGAUGCAGAAGAUGAAGAUAGAAACCCCAAAAGAUGCAUCGAGAGGAGUCACCCAAUUACACAAGGGAGGAAGAGAGUCAAGGGGGUGCUGUCGGAGCCGAGUCCAGACUAUGACAGACAGCAGGACGAUACCACAGACAGUGUAACAGACAGGACACCUGAUAAUGACACAGCAGCAACUGGUAACAAAGACAGUGUCCCGUCUCCUGUGGACAGUCAGCCACACUGUAACUCUGCUGAAGGAAUAAUGGCAGAGCCCAGAGACUUCCCUGCACCCGCUCCUGUCCGCUGCAGCUCCCGCCUGGCUGCUAAACCCCGACGGGUUCACUGCCUGAACAGCCGGGUGAAGCGACUCCAUGCCCGCCCCGACUCAUCCAAACGCCUAGAGGCACAGAGCCAGACCUCCACCAAAGAUGGAAAAAGCUCAACAGAGAUACCAGAAGGUGAGAUGGCUGCAGUGCUUUGUCCCGAUGGAGUCGCCCAUAUGUGGCAUUCAGAGACCAGAGAGAGGCGCUACAAGUGUCCCAUAUGUGGUAAAAGGUUCUACCAGAUCGGCCACUUGAAGAAACACCAGUUCAGUCACAUGGAUGAGAAGCCUUUCACUUGCCAGGAGUGUGGGAAAAACUACACGUCAGCAGAAAGCUUCAAGGCUCAUCAGAUGAGUCACCGCGGGGAGCGUCCCUUCUCCUGUCCUCACUGUGAGAAGACGUAUGGCCUGAAGCGGGACCUGAAGGAGCACAUGGUCCUGCACACGGGGGAGAAACCCUAUACCUGUGAGCACUGUGGGAAGGCAUUCGCACGACGCCCAUCCCUACGCAUCCACCGCCUCCUUCACUGCAGUAGAAUGAGCUACACUCAGCCUCCUAAGGUGCAGUGCACAGUCUGCCGCAAGCUUCUGGCUAACUCGGGCUCUCUGAGGAACCACAUGAAACUCCACACGGGGGAAAAACCUCACAUCUGUCAGCACUGUGGGAAGUGCUUCAGUCAGAAAGGAAACCUUGAGUGCCACUUGAGAAUCCACAAUGGAGAGAAGCCGUUCUCCUGCUCAGAGUGCAGUCAGACAUUCUCCCAAAAACCGGAGCUGCGUCGGCACAUGUUCUCCCACACCGGAGGCGGUUUUCUCUGUAGCUACUGCGGAAAAUCGCUGAGGGACCCCCACAGCCUAAGGUCCCACGAGAGACUGCACACUGGAGAAAGACCCCAUUGCUGCCCUAUCUGUGGAAAAGGCUACACGUUGGCUACCAAGUUGAGGAGGCACGUGAAGUCGGCCCACAUGAAGGAGAAACCAUACACCUGCCACUGCGGCGCUUCUUACACUGUGAGACAAAGUCUGCUGAGGCACCAAGCUCAGCACAGGACAGACGGAGGAGUUCAAAAAGAGGAAGAAGAAGGACGUGGAGAGGAGAUGCACACCAGAAAUCAGGAGGUUCCACAAGAGUUAGCAAGUUCAGGAUGCAGUCACCCAAAGCCAAUCAGAGGCAGACCCAAGAAGAACUUCAUCCCUCAGGGCACAGCAGAGAAGGACGGAGGUGAGGUCAAGCAGAGAAGAUCACAAGAAAAAGGAGAAGAGGAAGCAAAAUUAAAGACACUUGACUCAAGAGAGGGAGAUAGCGUAGCUAACAUCCAGCACGCCGUCGUGUACGUCCACACAGACGACCUGUCAGCGCCAAGCUCCACUCCUCUGCUCUUCACCUCGGAGGGCUCGCUGCCUGCAGGGACAGAACAGGAGCUGGUGGAGGUUUUGAUAUCGGAAAGCGCAGAGCAGUGCAUUGUGGUCCACGGGCAGCAGGGGGUAGGAGAGCUCCUGAUCUUACAGGAAGAAGGAAGUGGACUUUGCUCUGUUGCUCAGACAGUAGAGAUAAACACAGUGUAGCUGUGAUCAUGGCUUCUGAACCCUUUGAGGACAUCUUUAGUAUUUAGGCCCUUCCUCUAACCUACCUCAUCAACGGUUUAUUUAUUUUGGUACGUUUUAUUGCCAUUGAACGACCUUUACAGAACAGCUGUGAACUAAUUUGAUGGAUUAGCUGCCAUCAAAUGAUGCACACUUACUUGUCUGCCUUCUGUACAGGAAAGUGUGGGUGUAUAGAAAAAGCUCUGAACACGAGCGAACUGUUGACACCCAGUGCUGACAUUUACUGCUGAUGUGCAGCACUUAUGCUGUAAAAUUGGCAUCAAAUCCUCUGCAUUUACUUGGUUAUUAUCUUGAGUUAAAAGAAACAAAAUAAAAACAGGGUCUUGUCAUUAUAACCAAAGAGCUCAAUCUUUGUCUCGUUUGACCAUAAAACUUUCUCCAGAAGGCGGCUGCACAUGUCAGUCGAGCUCAUGUAUGUUUUGUAGCAGAGGCUUCAUUCUUGGUUGGCACAAUCAGUCCAUUACAGUAACUGGCUUCACUCGUGGUGCUGGUGCUCCAGCAGCUGCCAGUUCAUGGAAGAUUUAAGGCUUACUGGUUCCUGGGUUGUUCCUAAACAGAUUCCUGUUUGGGUGACAGAUUUGGUCGUCCUACAGACCUUGGAAAUAUGCUGACACAUCAUACUUAUGUCCAGUUACAGAUCUGAGAGUCUGCAGUUACAUAGAAAUCAUCCAUUAGGCUUCUUUUGAUCGUGCUCCAAAUUCUUGUUGUUUAAAGUUAUUAAAGCCCAGACUUACCAUGAUAUUCAUGACCAUGAUGAGUGUAUGCAAAUUUUUGACCACAACGUGAGGUUUUAGACGAUGAUAUCGUUUUUGUAAUCUUGCUGCUCUAUGAUGAUACAGAGAACUGUAAAUCAAACAGUCAAAAUAUGAUUAAAGUGCAGACUUUCAGCUUUAACUCAAGGGGUUUAUCCAAAGUAUUGCAUUAACUGUUGAACUUGUCAGCAAUACCAAAAAGUCUACCUCUCCAUGGUUAAGAAAAACAACUUCACAACAAGAACAUUCUUGAGGAGGUGGGCGUAUCUCAGGCCGAUCAAUGUCUACACGUAAAUACAGAAGAUUUACAGUAAGGUGCAAACCAGACCAGGAAGGGCAGAUUAGACUUUGGCAGAGAGCAGCUGUAACAGCUGACACAGUUCUGUCUACAUUCUCAGAGGACUGGAUUUAAAUCCAUUAACUGUUGUUUUUCUAGCUAAACUUUUUACACUCGUUGUUCUGGGAAGGACACCUUUAUAUUGCAGUUGUGUUAUGAGCUUUGUCCACGUGUUCUUUUAUCACUUGAGGUCUAAAAUAGGCUGUUAUGUAAGAUUCUGUCCUUGUGCUGUUGUACAUGGCAGUCAGGCCUGCAAAGACAAAUGAUGAGAA